UUGCUGUGAACGAUUCUGUAGAGCUCCAAAUUUUCUCGGGAAUUCCAGACGUUUCUAUCUCUAUUUCUUAUAACCAGUUAGUUCUCUCGCAGCAUUGAUCAGUUGAUCAGACAGGUUGUUGUAUUCCCUCAACAGUGCUAUUCUGGUCCGUGAGGAAGUGGUAUUUGAGAGACUUUACGAUAAUUGAGCUUUCUGUCACGUUUUUUGUCGGAGAGUUUGCGUGGAAGUAUUGACGUGGUUGGAUUUCGAUUGAGUGUGUGAGGGGCUUGACGUCGCGGUCGGUUUGUUUGUGAGUAGCAUUUUGACAUUUAAGAAAAGAUGGCUCUGUCGCUCUUUGGACGUGGAGGACAUGACAUUUUCGAUUCCUUGACAUCUGGUGUGAUUAAGGAUCCUUUCGAAGCCUUCUCGGUGUCAGAGAACACACCGUCUCGGCAGUAUGCACGAGACACUCAUGCUGUCGCGAACACGCAAGUAGAUUGGCGGGAGACUCCUGAGUCGCACAUUUUUAAAGCUGAUCUUCCUGGACUAACUAAAGACGAUGUGAAGGUUCAAUUGGUGGAUGGAAAGACCUUGGAAAUAGCUGGACAGAGGAAGAAAGAAGAUGUGCAUCAUGGUGACACAUGGCAUCGUGUUGAGCGAGCACACGGCAGUUUUUUACGGCGGUUUCGACUUCCUGAAAACACCAUCGCUGACGAGGUGAAAGCCCACGUACUAGACGGUGUGCUCGUCGUCACGGUCCCUAAACUGAAGAAGCCAAAACCUCAAGUUCGCCAGAUUGAAAUUCUUUAAAUGUCCUGUAAAAGUGCAGCCUUUAGGAUUGUACCAUUGUCCUAUACAGGUUCUCUUUGAAGACGUGGACAUCUCUGAGGGCAGACCACUCAACUUUACACUCGAUAGCGUGGAGCAUGUGGCAGAAAAAAAAGAAAAAAGAAUAAUGGCUGAAAACACCGAGACUGAAAAGAAAAAAUAUUCCUCCAAAUCCUCAAUGAAGACAUUUUUCGUUCUUUUAAUGUGAUGCCAAACUUUGAGCGCCAUGUGUGCCUUUGCCUUGCAUGCAAAGCAAUGUCAGUUUUUGUUAAUGUCAGCGCUGUGUCUGGUUUUGACUCUUGCACGCAAAGGAUGUGUGACUUGGUUUUAAGCAGUCCACUGUUUAAUAUAAUUAAUCAAUUGA